CUCUUGAAAUUCACAGAAUCUAUAGUAUCAGGAUCCAACGCAUUAAAUCUUAUCAUGCUGAAAUCGCAGCAAGUUGUGGCACACGACAUCAAUGUCUACGCCACAGAACAAUAUGAGCUUGUAGUGGUGGAAUAUUUGAAGAACCAAGAAGGAUAUAAAGUCGCGGAUAAAAUUAGCCCAAAGCCAAAAUACGACGGCAGUGCAAUAGCCAGGAUUUACAAACUGGAGAAUGGAGAAAAGAAGAUAGAUAUCAUCAUAACUCACCGGAAGUGCGCAAUAGCACCAGUCCUGCAAUUCCAUUCCACCAUCGUCAUGAACUACAUCACAGCAGACAAUAUUGUCUGCAUGUAUCCCAAAUGGACUUGCAACAGAAAAGGAUUCAUAAAUCCACGACUCUACAUGGAAGACAAGACAAACCUACGCACCGCCGAAGCUCUGAUGAAAUACAAAAAGCGUGGAUUCAGAUUAUGUGCAGAGCCUUUCCAGUUGGGAAUGCACAACUGCAACAGGAGUAUUGAUUGCCCACAUGCUACGCGGACGACUGUAGAUGAGCAUAUGUUCCAUUGGAAUAUCAACAAUGGCACGGCCGUCGGAACAACAAUGAUGGAUUGCUGGGACAUGCCAAUCAUAGUGUGGUCCCUUGGAGGUCACGGAUGCACGACAGAGAGUAACAGGAGGUCGCUGAAUCACAUCCUGGUCGCAGCCUAG